GCGUGUGUGUGUGUGUGCGCGUGCAUGCGUACGCACACCCACACGUACACACGCGCGCGCAGGUAGACGCAGUGUGUGUGCGUGCGUGUGCGUACAGGUGAUCACGUGCGUGCGCGCGCGUCUUCAACAAUCCGCAGCCCAAUUGUUCAGAGAGCCUCGUAAUCCGGGCUUGGACGGGAGCGGCGCAUCCUAAUAGGAUCGCAGCAUUAACAAUAGCACCAGCUGUUGCGGGGCCCUCGGUCGGGACGGGCGGGGGCGACCGGGAGACGGACAGGUCGAGCGCGUGGCGCCGUCAGUCUGGUGCGGGGCAUCCCGGGGAACGGGCUUCUUCUUCUUCUUCUUCUUUCCCCUCCUUGGUGAAGUGACAUUUUUCUUUCCUGACUUUUCGGCUCCAUCCCGCCGUCUCGCGCACAUCCAGUCGGUCGCCUUCAAUCCGCCUCGACCACCUGCGGCGCAUCUCGGUCCGGGAACUUUGCGCAGGUGGCCGUCGACCGUGCGCCGCGGGCGGGUUCCGAAUGGAUGAAUAAUACGGCGGACGGUUGGGGGGGGGUCUACUUUGGCGGCGGGGGGGGCGGGGCGGCUUCGCGAAGUCGCGGUCGGGACCGAGCUGCCGUAGCGGGCGCCGAGGAUGGCGGUGGCGCUGGAGGAAGUGUGGGGGCGGGUGAAGAACGUCUGCAAGCAGAACGGGCUCCUCAUCCUGUCCGUGCUGGCCGUGGUCGUCGGCUGCCUGCUCGGCUUCUUCCUGCGGGGCAAGCAGCUCUCCGAACAGGAGGUCAAGUACUUUCAGUUUCCUGGAGAACUGCUUAUGAGGAUGUUGAAAAUGCUCAUCUUGCCGCUUGUCGUUUCCAGCCUGAUGUCAGGACUGGCCGCUCUGGACGCCAAAUGCUCCAGCCGACUGGGCAUCAUGACCAUCUCCUACUACCUGUGGACCACCUUCGUGGCCGUGGUGGUGGGCAUCGUCAUGGUGUACGUCAUCCACCCGGGGGGGGCCGCUCAGAAGGAGGACUCUGAGGAGAGCAAGAAGCCCAUGACCAGCUCCGCCGACGCUCUGCUGGAUCUCAUUCGAAACAUGUUCCCCGCAAACUUGGUGCAGGCCACAUUUCAGCAGUACCGAACCCAGAGAAUCGCCGAAUUCAUCCCGAAACCGACGGCGGCUCAGCUCUCGGAUGAGACCACCACCCGGAAGGUCUACAUCUACGGCAUCCAGGACGACAACGGAACCGACGUCCAGAACUUUUCCCUGGACCUCACGCCGCCGCCGGACGUCAUCGUGAAGACGUCGGCGGGUACCAGCGAGGGCAUGAACGUGCUGGGCAUCGUCAUUUUCUCCGCCACCAUGGGCAUCAUGCUGGGGAGGAUGGGCCCCAACGGCAGCGCCCUGGUCAACUUCUGCCAGAGUUUGAACGAAGCGGUUCUCAAGAUCGUCGCCAUUGUCAUCUGGUACUUCCCCUUCGGUAUCGUUUUCCUGGUCGCCGGGAAGAUCUUGGAGAUGGACGAUCCGUCGGCCAUGGGGAAGAAGCUGGGCUUUUACGCCAUCACGGUGGUGAUGGGCUUGGUGCUCCACGGGCUUUUCAUCCUGCCGGCCAUGUACUUCUUCAUCACCAAGAAGAGCCCCAUCGUUUACAUCCGAGGGAUUCUGCAGGCCCUCCUCAUCUCCUUGGCCACCUCCUCCAGCUCUGCCACGCUGCCUAUCACCUUCAAGUGCCUCCUGGAAAACAACCACAUCGACAGGCGCAUCAUCCGCUUCGUGCUGCCCGUGGGGGCCACCAUCAACAUGGACGGCACCGCCCUCUACGAGGCCGUGGCGGCCAUCUUUAUCGCCCAAGUCAAUAACUACGAACUCGACUUCGGACAAAUCAUCACGAUUAGCAUCACCGCCACAGCAGCCAGUAUCGGCGCCGCUGGAAUCCCGCAAGCCGGACUGGUUACCAUGGUGAUCGUGCUGACCUCUGUGGGCCUGCCUACCGAUGACAUCACCCUCAUCAUUGCCGUCGAUUGGGCUUUGGAUCGAUUCCGGACCAUGGUCAACGUGAUGGGCGACGCCCUGGCCACGGGGAUCAUGGCCCACAUCUGCAGAAAAGAUUUCAUCAAAGAAGGCGAACAGGUGCCUCUGAUCUGCGAGACCAAGCCCAUGAUCAGCAUCCAGCAGAUGAUGACCUACCAGAACCAGAAGAACGGCUGCUACCAACCGCCCCCGCCGGGCGCCAAGCACGAGCGCCUGGCGCCGGACGUGGCCCGCCUCAUCCAGCUGGAGGAGGGCAUCCGGCCGCUCGACAAGAAGAAAGCCGCUCACUCGUCUCACCACAAGAGAGGCCACAGAGACAAGGACCACUGUUCCGUUGACAUGAACGGCCUGGAGACCAACGUAUAGACCCGGCCGGGGCCCGGCGGGCUCCCUUGCCGACGCCGUCGAGCUCGCCGAAAAGAAUGCGGAAAGACUGCUUCUCAUUUUUUUUCUACCGUCUUUGAAUCACGGCCCGCGUGUUUGUGAGCGUCCCCUGUCCGACGUGUAUCAUUUGGCAGCGGGCUCGGGCUCGGGCUCGGGUUCGGGCGGGUUCACUUCAAAAUUCCACUUUUAUGAAGGCAGAGGGAAUCCAGUACAUCAAAGAUCAUUACGAGUAUCGAAAGGCAUAUUUAUCCAUCUGCGGGCUGCGGAACGUCUACUAGGAAUCUGUUUUGGUAUCAAAAAGUAUAUUUUGAAAUGGACAUUUUGUAUAUUUUAAUCAUGCAUUGACCACCACUGGAAAAACACACACGCUUGGUUCAAUAAAAUAAUAAUAUAUAUAUAUAUCGUAUACACAAUAAAGUAGUGUGCCGAGCUCUUCGCUGUGCGGUUUGACAAAGAUCACGUUUGCAAUCGCUGCCGAUUCUUUAUGGCGCACCGACGAUAAGUUUCCCCAUCGGUUUGCCGGCCAUGUUGGACAACAACCGCGUUGGUUUUCGCUCCUAUAAUUCAAAUAUCUCUCCCGCUCGCCGCCGAAGGGGUGUACAAAGACGAGCGCAAACAAAACGAAACUCUUCGUGUGUUCGGAACAGACCCUGACGUAUGGACGGCGUGAUCUGGCCGCCUCCGUGAAAGCUACAACAUGGCUCUUUUCCUUGAUGAUUAAAUGUUCGGCUUUCCAAGCGAGACUUUGACGGUCACAUCGUAUCUGACCAUUUCUGGACAUCGGCCGGCAAAAUGAUCUCGUUUAACGGUCAACGUGGCGGUCAGCGGGGGGGGGGGGGGUGUCAAGAUGUCACCCAAAACUAACAGAAGUGCAACACAUCCAAACUGGGAUGGAGACGGAAGUGAUUUCAUUUUUUACAGGUAGUCCCAUCUUAAAAAAAAAAAAAAGAUGCAAUUGUCAUUUGUUCAAGACGCACACAACAAAAAUAAAUGAACACGAGUCGCCGUAACGCCCCGAAGGUCGUCGCUUCUCUCCACUCGGCGCUGUAAUUUUGUCUUUUGUUAGCGUCGCUGCUCCGCGCAGCCCUCACAUGUCGAUUGAGAUGUCGCGGCGGAGGAGAUAAAAGCAAGACACAAAAUAAAAACACAUUUCACCGGUGAAAUGCGAUACGACGGAAAUUAGGACGGAAAUCGGUUCUUCGUUCUAUGCGGCCCGGUAUCCGUUGAUGGGCCGCGGGUUGGGAACCGCUGCUUGGGAACUAGCGCACUUGAGUAUUUUUUGCUUUUUGUUCGUUUCAUUCCGAGCCGUCGGUUGUCAUUGGUUACCUCGGCAUUGGUCUCCUUGGGGAGAAGAAAACGCAUCUGCAUCGCAUCUUUUUCCCAGUUGGAUCUCAGGAGACAUUUGAAUUUGAAAGACUGAAAUUUUUUUAAUACGGCCAAUUUGUUAACGUUGAAAAGUAAAACUGAAAUAAAGCUAUUGGAAACGUGAUCACUUUGAAAUAACAAUGUGAAUUUUACAUCAUAACAUUUUCAGUGGAAUUUUUAAUUCAAAUCCCGGUGGCACAUAUUUACUUCCAUACCAGCCUCGCCUACUCUACUACUAAAGCAUAAAUUUUAAGCAAAAAAUACAUUUCAGAAAUUACUUUAUUAUAUGAAGUAUUUAAACUAUACGUGUAUUUCUACUACGCAGUUUAUGAUCAGGAAAAGCUAAAAAAAAAAAAAAAGUUUCAAAAAAGCCCUUUUUUUUUCGGUUUGGAACGCAUUAUUUCUUUAUCCAUUAAUUGCAAUGCGAAAUAUCGAUUCGGUU